AUGCCUAAAAAGCAAACCACCUUUCCAGUAGAUAACGAAAACAGACCUUUUAGAUGUGAUACCUGUCAUCGUGGUUUCCAUCGUUUGGAACAUAAAAAGAGACACUUGAGAACACACACCGGUGAAAAACCUCACCAUUGCGCAUUUCCUGGCUGCGGGAAAAGCUUUAGUAGAAGCGACGAACUGAAAAGGCAUAUGAGAACGCAUACAGGGCAAUCUCAAAGGAGAUUGAAGAAAUCCAGUGUACAGAAACAGGAAUUCUUGACAGUAAGCGGUAUACCUACAAUUGCAUCAGGUGUGAUGAUCCAUCAACCAAUACCGCAAGUUUUACCAGCAAAUAUGGCCAUCAACGUGCAAACGGUUGGUGGCAGUAAUAUUAUACAUGCCCCUAAUGCUGUGCACCCUAUGAUGAUACCCAUUAUGGCGCAACCGGCUCCUAUGCAUGCCUCUGCAGCAUCUUUCCAGACUGCAACCUCUCCAAUGCCCAUAUCUACAUCAUACACGCCUGUUCCAUCGCAAUCUUUCACUUCCUUUCAGAGCUCCAUUGGCUCCAUACAGUCAAAUAGCGACGUUUCAUCCGUUUUCUCGAACAUGAAUGUUCGUAUAAACACUCCUCGCUCGGUACCAAAUUCUCCGAAUGACGGGUACUUGCAUCAGCAACAUGUCCCACAGCAGUAUCAUCAUCAGUCUACUAGCCCUUCUGUUGCUAAGCAACAGAAAACUUUCGCAAGUUCUCUUGCAUCAGCAUUAUCUACAUUACAGAGAAGAACACCUGUGAGUGCCACCUCGAUCACAAUGGAAUCACCAUCUUCACCAAGUGAUUCCUGCCAUACUUCAGCAUCUAGCAGCGCUAUCUCUUUACCUUUUAGCAGUGCUCCUUCUCACCUCGCCAUGGCCAAAGAACUUGGGUCUGUCUACCUGGAUUCUAAUAGGUAUACCACCAAAUCCAGAAGGGAAAGAGCUAAAUUUGAAAUUCCUCAAGAGAAAGAAGAAGACACAAACAACAGCAGCAGCAGCGGCAAUGAAGAGGAGGAGAGCGAAUCGCUAGGUCAUGAAGUUAGUAAAAGCAGAAAAAAACUGUCAGGAGUAAAACUACCUCCUGUACGUAACUUAUUGAAACAAAUCGAUGUCUUCAAUGGUCCGAAAUGA